AGUAUACAUUGAACCGUGGUAAUAGUCUCGCGCUCGUUAUCGAUAAAAGUGUUUUUUUUUUUUUUUGUUGUUUUUUUCCUUACUAUUCAGAAUCGUGUUCGUGUAUUUGUGCGUGUUCAUCACCACCGUAUUCCGUUCAUAUAUGAUUAUUGGUGAACUAACUUAAAUGUUAAAACAAUAUUAUAAAAUGGCCAUGGGAUAAAUAAUAUGAAUAAUAAUAUAUAGGUAUCGGUAUAGGUGAUAUAGGCAUCGUGGUUCUUUCUACAGUGUAGUGUAUAUUAUAUUAUAUUGUGUGUGCAAGUGAUUAAUAAGAAUCUAUUCAAAUUACAAAUUGUUGAAUGUUUGCAUAUCAGAUUCUUGGAAUAAGCAAAGGUUGGUACGUACUUUUUAAUAUUUUUGUUACUUGUUUUCUGUAUACGUAUUAUAAUUAAAAUAGGUAGGUACCUAACUCAAAUUAGUGAAAUCUAAAUACGUCGGUAAAAGCAAUGAUUAUCAAUGAUUAAAAUUGGUUUAAGGCGAUAUAGUUUUUCGACAUGUCGUUAAAGUCUCUGGAUAUAAUAAUAUUUGUCGUAAUAAUUAUAACUAUAAUGGUUACAUGUUAAAAAUAUUACAAAAAUUACUACUAUAUCUUAGGUAGAUAUUUAAAAAAAUUAGUUUUCUAGUUGUUUAUUUGAAAAAUAUAUCUUGUAAAAUGUAUACACCUUGCACAUCAAAGUAUAAAAUAUUCAAAGUUUGGAAAAGUAAAUGUACAACUAAUUUUUAAAUUAAUUUAUAAGCAAUUUUUUUUUAUCAGGUUUAUCAUCCAAACACUAGUAGUUGUUUACCUAAUAUACAAUUUUUUAAUAAACUGUGCAUUUUUAUGUUUACAGCACUGUGGCUUACAUUGAUAACAGAUAUUUGAUUGAAUUCAUUCAGUAUAUUUCAAUUAUUUUAAUUUGAAAAAAUAGAAAUUUUUACUUAAGUAACUAACGCUUUUUAUUAAGAAAAAUGUCAAAAUUAAAACCUCAAACAAAUAAAUUAGUAUUUAAAUAUGCAUAUAAAUAAUCUCAAGAUAAAUUUCGAAAAUGAACAUUUUGUAUUGCACUUUUUAUUUUUGUUUUCAACUAUUUGCAUAUUUAACUAAUAAAAAUGACUACAAUUAUAUUAUUUUGGCCACCAAAUUAGUAGAUAACUACUAUUAACGGUCAUUACAUAACAUUACAUAUCUGUACCAAGCUAGUAAAAAUUAGAUACAGGCAGGGUGGUACGUACACCUACUUUUGGUUGAUUCAUAUUUAUAAAUUAGAACUUAUGUAUAGGUCUUUUUUUUAAAUGGGCAAGAUUGUGUGUGCCCACUGAAAUUUCAUUAGUAAAAAAGAUGGACAUACUUCGCACGUGAGUGGGCCACUGUUGUAGAUAAGAAGUUGGGAAAGUAAAAGAUAAAUUUAAUGUUUAUCUGUACGCAACGAUUAACCAUUGCUAACGAAAAACGAUUCUGUGCGGAGUUCUUGUUUAACAAAUAGGAACAUCAUUGGCUCUAAUCGAUCUUGCGUUCGAUACAGCUUCUGAGUUUAGUUUUUAAUGAACUCAGUUUUUACUUUAUUAGAAAAUAUCUCACGCAGGAGUAUCUUGUGUUAGAGAUUAUUACAAAUUAAUAGAAUUAAAUAGAAAAUAGAAUUAAUAUUUUGUAAAUAUUUAAAAAACUAUUAAAUAAGCUAUUAUUAGAUAAAAGUUAUUUAACUGCUGAUGAAUAGUUUUGUUAUAUACCAAUUUCAUAUUCCAGAAAUGAUUUUAACAUCCUGAAUUUUGUGUCUAGUUGAUUGUCAUUUAAGUUAAAGUUUUUGGUAAGUAAAGUUAAGUCUAGUUUAUUCAUAUUCAAAUAAUGUAGUAUACGUCCUAUAAUACUUAUAAGUGAAAGUAUUUCUUGACUAAAACAUUCUUAUAAUCCGUUCAAAAGAUCGUCUAAAAUGAAAUAAUACACAAAAAAUUUCAUCAAAGUUUUUCUUUUCGGAAAUAAUAUGUUAAGUAGGUAUUGUUUCUAACGUUGCUAUCCACUUGAUUUAACUGCUUCAACGGCUUUUGACCUGCAUGUCCACUUAGUUUUCGACAACGAUUUUAAGGUUUUUAAUUUUAGUAUUGGUUUGUUCAGAAAUUUUUACAGUUAAUCAAAACAUAGUAAUGACUAAUGAGAUAUUAAAAUCCGACUAACAAGUGUAAGUUAAAUAAAUUAUGAGUACUUAAUUCGAUUCUACGAAAGUUAGUUUAAGCUAGUAGUGGCGGCUACCUGCUUCAACAGGAGGUGCAUGUCCAUACCCUCUCCAACAUGGACAUGUCUAUGAUUUAAAUAUACAAUGAUAAAUCAAGAAAUUAUUAACUUUAGUACUGAGUGAUAAGUAAUUUGUUCCGACAUUAUUUUGUAGAGGAGCAUAAUAUAUUAUUUGUUGAGAUGCAUUUCUGGGGUUUUCUUAUUGAAUUAGGAGGUAAAUAAUACAAUUUUCAAAAUGCCGUGUUAUAAAUAUUUCAUAAAAUAUUCUCAUUAUUUAUUUUCUCAAGUUCGAAAAUGCAUGAGGAGUUGAGUCUAUUAUAUUCUUUUUGAAAAUAACAUUCUCACAAUAUUCUAUAUUCAUUAUUCAUGUAUGACGCAGGUAGGUACACAUUAUAUAUUAUUAAACCUUUUAGUACAUAUCAAAUUCAUUUUGAAAUUAACCUUACCUUACUUUAUCAGUACUCAUUAAUAAUUAAUUAACACCUACAACAGUGGCUGUAUCUACGUGCGAAGUAUGCCCGUCCUUUUUUUUUUUUUAUUACAAAGUUAAAGUUUUCGAAAAUAGUAAAAAAGUACCAGAUAUACAAAUUACCAGUUGAAAAUAGUUAUAUCUAUUUGAAUGGUUUUCUUUUUAAAAUAUGUAUGUAAUAUUCUCGACACAAUAUAAUAGAAAAAAAAAAGAUUAUAACUUAAAUAAGGAUUUUGAGUUUUUGAGCAUGUGUAAAAGUUCUUAUUUCCAUCGUUAGCAUAUUGGUAUACACACAGAGACUUUAUUUAGGGGUGCAUAGGCGCCUUACCCCCCCCCCCCUAGACAUUUUCUUUAACUGUAGGUGUAAAUACUUUUUUAAAAUUAUGUAUGGACAUAUAUAUAUAGAUAUAUAAUAUAAUAUAUUAAGCUGUUUUGACUUUUAACUUUUUUUUUUCGAAUUAAGAUUGGAAAUUGCUUCCUUGUGGUCUUAAACAUACCCCAAAAAAUGUUCAGAACUUGUUCAUUGCAUAUUUAUUUUUUUCAUUUAAAAAACUUAGGAAAGUAACGAUACUUUAAAUUGAAUCAUAAAAAAAUACAUAAGAUUCACUUAGAAUCAAGUGAAAUUGUACCAUUAUAAGAAUAGCUCAUUUGUAGAAAUAUUGGCCUUCCCCAAAGGCAAAGAACUAAAUCCGCCACUGUAUACCCGUUAAGGUCACCCAAUUAAAAAUUAAAAAACGUGAUGACUGAUGAUUAUUCGUACUGUAUAGUACCUACUGUACUAAAUAAUCUUUCACUAAUCUUAACAUUAGAACUGUAAUGAUUUUGUUGAAAAAUAAUUUAAAAUUGAAUCAAUGUGUUUAUUUUUAACAAACAACUAAACGUAAGAUUAUGAUUUUUUACGGAUUAUUCUAUAAUAGAGUAGAUGUACAUAGUUAGUUAAAUUAUUCUGUGUUAUGUACUUAUAAAUCCUUUUAGUUUUCCACUUUAUAGUACUUAUAUACCCAUGUAUAUUGUAAUAGAUAUAAUAACACCAUUAAAAACUUACUAUUUCUUUUUACGUCCAUUAAUUUACUGAGAAAUUUAUUAUUUUGUAUUGGUGACUUUUGUUUUAUUCGUUUUAAUAAUCGUAAAUUAUUUAUAUCAUUAAUAAUACUCACCCACUUACAUCAAAAAAUAAAAUCUUAUUUACACACGGCGGAGGUACUGCGGGUGUGGCUAAUAGAUCGAACGGUUUCAAAAACUUUACCAUCAUUAGGGGAGUGGUUCGUCAAUUAUUACUUUCACAUUCAUGUAGGGAGAAUCUGACAACCGUAGACAAACAUCUGUAGGCUACCGUUUGGGGUGUCAUAAGAAACCAGUUACUUAGUGUUAUUUGAAAGCAAUGAAUAAAUUAUCAUUGCACAGAAAAUAUGCCUAAUGGCUAUUAUAAUUUAAGAGAUUUUUCUAGUAUAUUUUUUCGCAGUUGUUUGAUUGGUAGAUUUAUUAGUUAUUUGUGACUUUUUUCUAAAAUGAUUGAUUUUAAAAAUACUACCAUUAAUUUUGAUUAACGUGGGGUUUGUGUAGGACUUUAAUACCAUUUUAAUAUGUGGAUAUUUAAAGAUGUUAAGACUAAUGCGUUAUGAUUAUUUUCUUGUACAGAGUAUUAAAUUAUUUAAAUUUAUAUAUAGGUACUUCAUUUAUGGACAAUUUGUUAAUAAUUUUCUUUAUAAGGGAUGACGGCCUUUAAGAACAGUCCUCUAUGAUAUAGCUCUCCAUCUAUAUUUCGAUCCUCCACUGCCCCUCUCUACUGUACUCCAGAUUCCACCGCCAUUACUUUUACAUCUCUCAAUACAAUGGUGUCAACUUAAGCAAAGUCUUCCUAGUGGUCGCUUUCCUGAUGAGUUGUUUUUUAUUACAGUCCUUGGAAUAAAAUCCUUUAUUAUUGAUCUCUGCUUUCUCCAUGCAUGUCCAUUUCAUUACUCUCACUGAAAUUAUUCUGUGAUGCUAAUAAGGCGUUUAAAAAGAACUUGGAAAUCUCGAUUGUAUUUAAUCCUCCAUAUCCUAGUUCAAACAUCUUUGCAUGGUCCAAUAAUUCUCAGAAUUUUUCUAUCGAAAAAUAUUCAACCUUUAUUUUUUAUGUUUUUCUGAGAGGCCAUUUUUCUCAGACCACUGGGCGUAUCGACGAUAUGUUAAUUUGAACAUUUAAAUGUGUUGACAUAGCAAAUUUUAGCAGUUUUUCUAAAACAUAGUAACAGCUAUUACCAUUUAUUAGUCUUAUAAUUUUAUUACCUCAUUGUAUUAGCGAUAAAUUUAUCUACUAGACAGUUUAAACGAUUUAAUACAUUUUUUUUUUUUAUUUCAAUUCAUCUUCAAUCAAAAGCCGUACUCCGAAUUUCCAUUGUAACAUUUUUUCCAAAAGAAAAUUUUAUCUAAGUCAUGCAUUGAGGUUUGAUUUUUAAUAUUUUAAUAUUUCGAAAUAAACGUAGGAAAAAAGUUAAGGUUUACGUCAAUAUCUGUUUCUCUAUUUUUGAUUUUGAUUUUCACAGAAUGCUUAUUUUAGUCUUUUCUAGACACGGUCAAAUUUUUAAAACAUUAUUGUAGUUUUUAGGUAUUUGAAAUUUUCGAUUUUUUUUUUUUAGUUAUUAUAAUAUGGAUUUAUGUAGGUAAAAUUGUUUUGGCAGAGUAGUAAUACUUAAAAGAUUUACAUGAGGUUUAUCAUAAGUUAUGCUUGGUGGUAGAAAAAAAAAAAUGUUUUUUUUUUUUAAUACCGAAUAUAUAAUAAUAAUAAUAAAGAUUUUUAUUUGCCAAGCAUUUAAAUAAAAAUAAACGUACUGGUACAGUAUAGUGGAUGUGGUAACAUUUUAAUAACAUUACUUAUAUUAUAAAGCGUCUAUUAGAUCAUAGAUAUAUUUAUGAUUUUUUAUAUCAUCAUCGAUGAAUGAUCACUAUAGAUUUUCUUAUGUAUAAUAUAUAUAUAUAUAUAUAUAAAAAAAAAAACAUUUAUUUAACCGGAGAUAUGCUGGGAACUAUUUUCAUCCUUGAAUAUUUUUUUCAUCAUAUAGGUACUUGUACAGAUAUUUAUUAUUAUAUUCGAAUUUUUUUUACAAGCAUGACGUUUUAUAUAAUUAUUUUCUUUUUAAAUUUUAAUCUGAUAAAAUGUUAUAAUUUUUAGUAUAAAAUGAAAAUUAUAUUUUUUGUUUGAACAUGCAAUCUUUAUCUUAAAGAAAUGUAACCUCGUACACCUUAAGUUUUCAAAUAGCCGGCAUAGAAAAUAUAAUAUAUGUUUAGAUAAUCAAUUUUUGAUCUUUGUCUAUGUCUGCUUCCAUUGUAUAUAACACGUCUCUAAAAAUGUAUCGUUUUUAUAUUUAUUUUGAAUACUUACUUAUGCGUUGUUUGUAUGUAUUUUUAGAAGAUAUCAACUAGUUUGGCUGUUGGCAAGGUUGAUUAUUCGGAUUUUAAAAAAUCAACAAAGGUUGCACGGCAAAUGAUUAUGAUGUGAAGCCAAAACAUAUCGAUUUCUGGUACCAUUGCCGUCGUUUCUGGGCGCAAUAUGUACAGGUCAAAUUUUUACGAAAGCACGUGUCUGCGAUGCUACCAGACGGUGUAUCAGGUGGAUCGAGUGGGUCCGCUCAAAGACUUCACGUUUUUCCAUAGUGGAUGUUUCAAGUGCAUCGUGUGCGGCACAAAACUGACGCUGAAGACGUACUACAACAAUCAACACCGGCAAGAGGACAAGGAAGUAUACUGUUCCAGUCACGUGCCGAAAAUCGGUCCCGGACACCUCGAUGGCACGUCGGUGGGUAUCAGGAGCGCUCUGAACGUGCCCAAGUCGACAACGUUCGUUAACGACCAGAUACGUGGCAGUGGCAAGGGAACAUUUGACGCCGAGGCGCUGAACAUUAAACAACACCUGAACGGUUCGACGCCGAACCGCUCGCAAUCACCGUUGCCUACCCCGUACAUCCAUGGGUCGUCUACGCCGGAUACCGGUGGUUACCAGUACGGUAGGUUCGACGCCUCGGCAUUGCACAUAGCCCAUGCACUCCGAGCCACCGAACUGCACAAAUCGUACGCCAAUAAAAACGGUAUCCGAGAGAAACCUAUACACUGUUAUCUGGUAAGUGUUUAAAGACUUAUCCAUUUUCAAACGCAUAAUUAUAAUAUAUUAAGGGUGAUUCACACAAGAACUUCUAGCGUUUAGCAUCUUGUAGUCAUCUAACUACCAACCAAUCACAGAUAAAAAUAAUCAUUAAGUAUCAAUGACAUUAUACGAAAUCGGAAAAUUACUAUAAUUUGUAGAACACAGCAAUUAUUUUUUGUCUAUGACAUUACGUUUUUUUUUUAAAAUUUAAUACAUUAUAUUAUAUAUUUGUUUACUAUGUUCCUGAAUAGAUUAUUUUUGAUCAAAAAUGUUCAAUCUUUACUUUGAUUUGGUUAACGUUAACAGUUCUUUAGUGUGCGAAUUCCAUCUUUGUGAUUACCAUUAUGUCGCUAUUAUGAAAAUAUAUAUACCAAUAACGUGCGUUUUAUUAGUCCUGUUUACAAUAUAUUUAAUGCUAUCGAGUAAUAAUACUGUAGUAUAAUAUUGAAUAGUGAUUUCUCUUGAAAUAGGAUUAUUUUUUGUUCGUCUACACUAGUGACUCUCAACAUGGGUGAUGCCGGCGUACCAUUUGUGUGCUUUUUACUUAAGAGGUUGCUUAAGGGGACGAUUCUACUGUGAUUUUCAGUAUUAAUAUAAUUUCCUAUUAUUAAAAACAAUAUUAACAAAUUUAUAACUUAUUGCAAUAAAACGUAUAUCUACAUACUGUAUAAAAAAAUUUAAUAUUUUAUACGCACUACAAUAGCAAAAUGAUAAUAAACAAGCUUUUAUCUUAUUGUAUCGAUGCCGAUAAGCUUUUUUUUGGCCCCAUUUUCAUACAGAUAUUUCCGACAAUUGUAUAAUUACAUUUUGCAUUUAUUACAUGAAGUUAUAAUUUAGCGUGCGUGUACGUUAGUCAUACUUAUUCGUAGUUAUAAUAAAAUGUUCAAGCACAAAAUGUGAAAAAAAUAUUUAUUUUUCACUUUAAUUAAAUGGCCGAUUAUAAAAACUGAACUGUAAUUUUUUUAAAUUUAUUUGGGGGGGGGAGUUUUUGAAAAUCUAAAAAUGACGUUGAGUAAAAAAAGGUUGGGAAACACUGGUUUACAUUCUUUGGUUCUAUGGUCACUAUAAUAUGCAUCAAUCAUAAACGUAUUAUUUUAUCUAUGCCGAUCGUUAUGUAUGAACGUAUAAUUAAAAAUAGUGGCAAACAAAUAAUAUUUUUAGUUAGACCUAUAUAUACGAAUAUCAUUCAUUUAAUAGCUGUUUUCUAACAACUAUAAAUGGUUUUUUGUUCGGUCAAAUUUGAUUAAUUUUUGAAUUGUUAACCGGUAUUUGUGUACAUCAUCAUUUGCAUAACACGCGAAACAAUACAACGAAUACAUUAGGUAUUUUAUUUAUGUGUCGUGUACUCAUCGUGUGUGCGAACCAUUUGCGCUUAAAACAAUUAUAAGUAUCGGAGAAUGGUCUUUUUACGUAACGCAUCCACACUCGAGUACGUGUUGCACACGUUAAAGAAUGUUUAGAAUAAUAAUAUUUCAACCUUUUUAAAUUAUGUAAAUUAUUCGUCAAAUCUCUCGCAAAUGAAAUAUAUACGCGUUGGAGUUAAUAUUUUUGUAUAGUUGAAAGUAUAGGGUAUUUUACUAUUUAUAACAACAUAGCUACAGUUGUAAAAUUCAUCAUUUGUCAUAUUAUUAAGUAUAUCGCAAUUAAAAAGUUCCUAUACAUAAACAUUUUAAAAUUGGAAAUGAAAAUAUAAUAUUUGCGUUAAAAACCAAAAAAAAAAAAACUGCGAUUUGAAUGCUAUAUAUAUAUACAUAUAUAUAAUGCUAAUGAUAAUGUAGAUUCUACGUUAUUUAGUUAUUAUGAAAUAAAAUGAUUAUAUGCUAAGUCUUCCUGUGAGAGGGGAUCAGAAUACUCUCAUGGUAACUGUCUUAAGAGGCGACAAAUAGGGUUGUGUCAGGUCGGUACUGGUAUGAAAUUCUGUCAAACAGUAUGAGGAGUUCUAAACAAGAAUUUAGUGGAAUUUAGUCCUAUCUCAGAUAUACGCAGGGACGAUAGGUGAGAGGAGGUAACAUGGUGCAUGAUGUAACUUUGAUUGGAGAAUAUCUAGAAUAAGUUUACAAUAGGUUUGAGGAAUGGAGAGUUUAAACUUGAGAACUUGAAGGAAAGAAAAUAAGGAUUAGUAGAAGUAAAACAGAGUAUGAGUUUAGAGGAACAGGAUAAGACAGCUAACGACAAUAAGGGGUUAUAGGCAAGAUUAUGAUAAUGUUAAGUACCUAGAAUCUUUUGCAUAAAAGAACGGUGGCUUUCAUAAGGAUGUGAAACAUAGGAUUAAAUGGGAAUGCAUAAAAUGGAGAGAAGCGCUAGGUGUUUUAUGUGACAAAAAAAUUCCAAUGAGACUUAAAGUUAAACUUUACAUAGGUGUAGUGAGACUAUGUUAUAUGAUUCGAAGUCUUGAACGAUAGAAAGAAUUAUAGAACAGAGAAUGAGUGUAAUAGAAAUUAAAAUGCUUUGGUAGAUGAGUGGAGUGACUAGAGCAAAUAAGAUAAGGAAUGAGUACAUAAGAGGUAGUUUAGGUGUGGCUUCAAUAGUUGACAAAAUGACAGUAAAUAGACUGAUAGACUGAGAUGGUAAACAGUAAGAAGUAGUAAGAAUUGUAAUGAAAAUAAACAUAGGAGAGAUGGAGAGGAAGACUGAAAAAUAGGUGGUUGGAUGUAAUUAAAAAUGGUAUGAGGAUAGCUAAUAUAAAUGAUAUCAAUUAGAAGUUUAGAACGAAGGGGGCCUACCUCAAAUAGUCAAGAUGAAGGUGAAGAAGAAGAAAAAAUGUUUAUAUGCUAAUAUAACAAUAUACCUAGUUAAUCGCUUGUAUCUAUCAACAGCCAUUAUAUUAUUAAAAUUCAAGCUAAUUUGAUAGUUACUCUCAAAAAUAAAGUACCUAGUAUAGCUGUUGAAUACUUCAGUCUUCUCAAUGUCUUUAAUAAUGUCUAUACGGAAAAAAAUUAUUUUUCUCCACCAGUGAAUAUUUAUACGAUAAUAUGUACAUUUCAUAAGAAAGCUCAUGGACUACUACAUAUACACAAGCAUAUUUUACAAUAGUAUUUUUAUUUUUUAACUAGAGAAAAAAUGUUAAUACAUAACCUAUAUUAAAUAGGUAUAACAAUGUUAUACUACAACAUAGGUGUCUAUAUUAUUAUGAUUGCAUAUAGUUACAAACUAUAAUAUUGUUUUCGUUAGAUUAUAAGUUAGUGAUAUGCUCAUAUAAUAUCAUGGUGGCGUGGAUCUUUCUCAUGAUAUUGUUUAAAUAAGAAAGUUCCUGGUUUAAAACGAUCCAGGAAGUAGGAAGUUUUCUAGGUGAAAAUGAAAUCGUUUAUUAGUUAUAAUCGGUUGGGAAUGACUGGGUGCCACGACACAAUGUAAUAUUAUACUUCGAGACCCACAUUACGAACGUUAUAAGAAUACCUAAUAUGCCGAAGUCUUACACAAUGAAAUUAAACUAAAUUACAGACACACCGACCGCCUCGAAAGCCGCAGCGAUUAUUUCAUUAAGCGUAUAAUUUCAGUCGAAACGAAAAUUUGAAAUGUUCUUUACUAUACAUUACUAUAUAUGUGUAAACUAGUAAACAUAUAUACAAUAUUGUAUACAUAUAUAUAUAUAUACAAUAUUAUAUGGGUACUUAUACAUUUUUGUCGUCUAAUAGUCGAUGACGACGACGACGACGACGGCUGUGGUAGCGUACCGAUCAUUGUGGUGAACGGAAUGUCGAAUCGGGGAAUGAAGUGCAAUGACAGUGUUCUUUUAGAAUUUUGCGGUUCUCUCUGACUGCGGUGUGCAGACCUAUUGCAAUUUAUUUUUCUAGUUCACGCUUUAUUUGGCUCAUAUACAGCCAGUGUAUUAGAUACGGUAAAUAUUGAAAAGGAAUUAUAAUACGAAUAAUAAAUGAAAAAACGAAGACGGUAAACGGAAAAAAAAGACGCAGGCAAACUAUAUUGAUUCGAUGUUUUUAAAUUAAAAUAUAGACGAUAAUGAGAGAGUUUACAUAUAUUUUAUGCAUUGUCAGACUCAUAAAUGUUAAAACAAUCAAGUACGACUAACAGUGUAACUACGUUGAACCGUCACAAAUUCGUUGUAUAUAAUAUAGUCAUGUGAAACAUUCUUUAAACGCUGUUUUCCCCGCUAUGGGUUAGGUCUUUUUGGCCUACAAAAACGAGAGGCCUAACGCAAUAUCACAAGGACGUAUGUAAAAAUAUUGUUACUACAUUCGACGAAAAAAAAAAAAAAAUCAAAACGUGUCUUUAAAAUUUGAAUACGCGAUAACAAUUUAGUGUAUUCACAAAGUGUGUUAACGUUUGAUCGUGUUUAGAUGUAUUUUUUUUUUUUACAAAUAUAUUACUACUGAACAAAUUAAAUUUGCUGUGCCCUUGAGGCACUUUGAACAUUUCCUGUGUCAUGAAAUGUAACAACCUAUGCUGUUUUACUGCACAUAUUAUUGUAUUCAAAUAAUUUUGAUAAUUUUCAGAUGUAGCCCAAUAUAGGGAAACCAAUAAAACUUUUAUUCUCCUGUACAGGUGUGUUUUUUUCUCAACAAAUAUUGAUGACAAACAAAUAUUUUUCGCUUAUAGAUUGUUAAAAUUAAGUUUAUUUCAGGCGUGUUUUAAAAUUUCCCAUAUUAAAAAUUCUCUAAUAUGCCCUAAAUUAAUUUAUUACUUUUAUACCUAAUGAUUUUAUAGACGUAUUUCUUUUAAAAAUUUAUAUCGUCCGGUUUUUGUAUUCGUUUAUAUUUCAUACAAUAGAUGUGUGUCUAUUUCUACAAUUUCUAAAAUAAAAUAUCAGAAGAAUCUAUGCAACUUGUUUGUUUACGUAAUAUUACUAACGUUUGUAUGAGUAAUUUCUUAUAGUAAGUUCUGAUUGUAUUACACUAAUAUAAAGUAAGCCAUUUUUAGAAGUUAUACGAUUUGAUUGAAAUAUAUAUAUAUAUACUCGUAUAUAGAAUGUCCCCACCCAUUGCAAUAUCUCCUGAGAUAAUAAAGAUAAUAAAAUGAUGUUUUUCUUAUACCACUCGCAAGGAUAAAGACUACAAAUAUUUAUAUUUUAAUUAAAUUGUUAUGUUUCGGUAAAAAAAACUAAAAAAAUAACUUUUUAUUUUAUUAUUUUCGAACAAUUUUACGAUAGCCAUUUUGUAGAGUUUAUUUUUCUUCUGAAAACGUUGACGUUUAAACUUUUUAUUUUCAUUAAAUUCAUGAUUUUUAACAAUUUUUUAAAGUACAAAAAAAAAUACCUUUAUGCAGCAGGCUGUAAUCGUAUUCGCUAAUUGUUUAUUAUUAUUAUCCUUAAUUGACUGUACACUUUUUUUCUCUGAACUUUAAAAAACGAUUAAAAAUCACGAAUUUAAUGAAAAUAAAAAUUUGAUAAGUCAAAAUGUUCAAAAGGAUAAACUCCAUAAUAGCUAUCGUCAAAUUUUUCGAAAAUAAUAAAAUAAAAAGUUAGUUUUUUAAUUGUUUUAUCAAAACAUAAGAAUUGCAUUUAAAUAUAAUUAUUUGUAGUCCUUAUCCCUGCGAGUAAUAUAAAAAAAAAAAAACAGUCUUUGAUUAUUUUUAUUAUCUCAGGAGGUAUUGCAAUGAGUAUAUAUUUGUAGGGUCAUCCUGUAUAGUAAUAUAUAUUUUAAAACUUUAUAAUGAGACUAUAGGGAAAUCAUUCGAAUCGUGAAAAAUACAAUUUUAAUCGCGUUUCCUCUGUUUACAUGGAAUAUUCAAGGAUUUUAUGUAGUUUAAGUUGACUAGCACGCAACCAUUGAAAUUUAAGACUACACGAUUAAACAACGUACCUACCUACCUAUUUCGUAAAAAUAAAUGUAUUAAAAACCAUAUACCAACCACUGUGUUAUUAUAUUUUUGUACAAAGUGAUUGUAAUAUUCUAUUCUAUUACUACUCAAAUUUCAUAAUUCUUGAAUAUCUUUUACAGAACACGAAAAUACUUAAAGUAUACAGUAUACAUUAUUUAUAAAUAUUGUUACCAAAAAAUAUAUGGUUUAAACUCAUUUUCAGUAAUCGAAUUUAAACUGAAUAAUCACAUGAAUUAUUUACCAUUGUGCACAAAUUUCUGAUUUUUUAAAUUUACUGGAUGCUACGUCAAAUGUUUAUUAAUAAUUACUGCUAAAUUCAAUAUAUGUAUGAAGAAUGAAUAUUCGUUAUUGGACGACAUGUUACAUAAAAAAACAAAAAUAAAAACCAUACAAUGACUCAACUCAGUAAAUAUACCAAAUAUUGUAUCCAUCAGUGCGAUGUUGCCGAAGUAAUCCUGAAACGUAUUGUAUAUCCAUGACGUCAUGGUUCAAUCAUCACCUCCCUAGACAUUAUAUACAUAUAUAUACAAUAUACAUACACACAUAUAUAUAAUUAUGUAUUACUUUCUUCGUUUAAAUUCAAUCGCGCUGAAAACAGGUUUUUUGACUGAUGUGCGUCUAUGAAUUUUAUAUCCCCUCCCCUAAUGCUUAAUGUAUUUUUUUUUCAUUUUAGACUUUUCAAGCAUUUAGACUUCGGGCUAUAGAUAUUUGUGAAAUUUCUCUCUCCUUAUACACACUUACUAAUAAUUUUCCUUUCUCCGUCUAUCAUCGUUUCAAGUAGCAUUUUUACAGUAUUUUGUUUUAUUAAGUGUAAGUUCCAAUUCGGCAACGUUAUAAAUCAAAUGAUAACACUAUAGUUUUUAAUUAUUUUACUGAUACAAAUGUAUUGUUUAUUUCAUUUAUAGUUUAUAAUAUAGACAUCGCGUCCUGAAUUAAUGCCAAAGUUUAAUAGGUUCACAGUUUUUUGAAUAAGGAAUAAAAAACAUCAGUAUACUAAAUUAAUAGAAUUUUCCUAAUCUAUUUUGUAUGAUAGAAAUAUUUUUUUGUAAGACAAUAAAUAACUGAUAGCAGUUAUGUAAUUUACAAUACCGUUUAAGACGUAUAUUACAUACUUUAACUAAUAUUGUUUUUUAAAAAGUCACACAAAAUUUCGAUAUGAAUUUUUAUAACUUCAAUCCGUCUAUAAAACAACUCUAAUUCCCAAGUUAUACCUUAUAAUUUAUUAAAUUUGUUAUGUAACUAUAUUAUGAUGACUUGUUGUUUUUGAUAAUGAUUAUGUUUCAAAGUGAUGUUUAAAAAUAAAUCAAAAUUGAUGUACUUGCUCAUUAAAGAUUAUGGUCAUUAUAUACUUAUAUUUGACAAUCAAUCGAUUUUUUUUUUUUAAAUCAAUCGAUUUAUUAUAGUAUAUUGCGAGACGAAAUUAUAAAUUGUAUACAAUUAUACAUAUGUAUAUAUAAUUUAUAUUUGUUCUAGUUUUAAAGUUAAAGUUAUUAUCCGAUUCUCGAUAGUUUGACAAUAAUGCGCACAAUGUAUCGUACCUAGUUAUGCACUAUAAUAAUAUACCUGCAUAUGUAGUGUGUACUAUCUAUUAAAUCUAUGUGGAGUGGCGCCAAAGAGGCCAAAAAAAGUAAUAAUAAUAAUAAAUAUUGUGAUGUACCUACCUAGGAUUUAAUACAUUUUCGCUCGCAAUAAGUCCGCUUUGAUAACAUAACAGCAGUUAAUAUAUAUUAUGCCGACCUAAUAGUAAAAAUAUUAGGUAGGUAUAAUAAUAUGUGGCACACCGAGUGAAUACUGAAGAGUUGGGUGAUUUACAGGCGUGAAAAAUUGGGAGCAUAUAUAUAUACGUGCGCUGGUAUACUGCAGUAGGUAUUACAAUGUCAAUACCAAGGCAUAUCGCUAUAGGUAUUAAGGUCAGCCGGUCAUACAUCUUUUAUACAUGUACAUAAUUUAUAACCUAUAUGUAUUAUUAUUUAUUAUUGUAAAGCGAUGUAUGUAAACAGUGUACCUAAAUUAUAGCCUAUAGGUACUUGCGCACAAAUGUUUAUGUUUAUAUUUUAUUAAAAAAAAUUUUUUAAAUUUAAAACGCAUAAUUAUACAUUUAUUAUAAUAUAUUUUUUAGUACGGUGUAGAACAUGUUCUUUGUGGAAUGCAUACUUACAGUAUUAUUAGUUAAUUAUUGCAUAGAGAAAAUAAUUAUUGUGGGCUUAAUAUUUACGACUUUAGAUAAAAUAAUGAUGGGAUAAGACAAUAAAAAAUAAAAAGAGAAAUGAAGAAUAGAUUUGAGGAACAUUUAGUGUAGAUGUGGAUGAAGAGGAUUAGGUAAAUUUUACAAAACUGUGGUUAAAACUGACUUUGUUGUAUGGUGGUACAGAAACGAUUGAUUGUGGAGGGAAUGAAUGUGUUUAUGAUGUGAGAGACCGAGUAAAGAGAAGAUAUAGGAUUAAAACGAUUAAGGAAAUAGGCGAGGGGGAAUAAAAAGAAAAAUAUUACGGGGCGCCGCCAUUUUCGCAGUCAUUACUACGGCGGUAUUCACUUAUCGUCUGUCAUCGCGGUGAGCAAAAAUCGGCCGAACACUCAAACGAAUGAAUUCGAUAAAAAAAAACUGCUGUUUUACGGCAUGACUUUUUUUACUGCAAUUUUGCGCCUUUCAUCAACCUGAUGUGAUUGGUUUAUUCUUUUUUUUUUUGACUAAUUGACAACGUAUAACUAUUCUGUAUAUUAUUAUAUGUAAUUGUGUUUGAUAUUUUACACACUCUGGCUAAUAGCUAUAUACUUAGUAUACGCCAGACGUGCUAUCGAUAUAAUUCACCACAGUAGACUUGCCAAUCUGAAAUUUCGGUUUUGAACAAUUUUGAUGAAAUUGACAUCGUUAUAAAAAAAAAAAAAAAAAAUAGUUUACAGAUGAAUUUCUAGACAAUAAUUGUUUUUCAAGAAUUUAAAAUUUAUGAGAAGAAAGAUCAUUUCAUAUUCCGAAUAUUGUGUAACAUGUAUUAUUGUGUGUGUGCUUUUACAUAGAAAUUAUACGUUUCAUAUUGUGGUAACUGGGGAUCAGAACUUUCAAAGUUGCAUUCGUUGCAUAGAUUGCAAUAAUCAAAUACUAUAGAAAUUACUUAUUAUACGUAAUUAUUAAUAUACAAUAUAAUUAAUGAAUGAUCCUAAAUAAUUAUUGUUUAGUGUUUAAUGAAUUUAGAAUAAUGUUAUAUAAUUUUUGUGACGAAUUUGAAACGUCGAGAAUAUUAUUUUAAUUUAAUUUUAUGCAUAUAGGAUAAAGAUGAACAGACAAGAUUAGAAAUGAAACAUCGUAAAGAAGAGGACGACUUAUACAGAAAGUUUGCAAAGCAACGGGAAGCCGAAGACAUCCGUAUCAAAGAAGAGAUAAACGUGAGAACAAUCAUAAAAAUAUUUAAAAUAUAAUAACUUAAAAUUACUAUUCGUUAAAGUAAAAACAAAUAGUAGUUUAAUAAUUAAAAGUAGGUUUUUACCUAUACAUAUUUUUGUUGUGUAAUUUGCAGAACGAAUGGGAAAAAGAAUUGGAAAGGUUGACCAUAAGAUUUGAGAAAGAACUUCAAAUGAAAAGAAAACGGCCGGAUGAACAAAAAGUUCUCACAAUAAAGUUACAACAAGAACGUGACAACCUUGAAAAGAAUAUGACGUUGAGGAGAGACAAAAAGAAAGAAUCAUUAACAAAAAAACUAUUGGAACAUGAGAGGUAAGCACAAUUUCUUAAUUUUAACCAUCGAUAUUUUGUUUUUGACGAUUACUUCAUUAUAAAAAAAAAAAAAAAAAAAAAACCAAUUCACUGAAUUAGCAUCUCAAUUCGUGUAUAAUAAGUACUGAGACUUUAAUUCAAUAAUAAUACUACAUUAUAAUAUAGUCAUAAGUCACUAGUAAUUAGGAAAUUAAAAACAUAUUAUUUUAUAACCCGUGAUACUUCCAUUGUGUAAACUUGAUAGUUUGUGUAAUGGAAAUUGAAAUAAAAAUGUUAUGUUAUUACUGUAAGUAUCGUUUUUAAAGUGGCGUCUUCAGGUCAAUUUCACGGAACAGGGUGAAAAAGUAAAAUAUCAAAGUAUAUUUUAAUGAAAUAAAUAAUUUUUUUCAUAACUUAAAUACAUAAGAAGUAAAUAAUAGAUAUUUUAUGAGAUAAAAUGGAACAUUAUAAAGCACACGGAAAUUGGACUCAUGAAAAUGUUUACACUCCCUUAUAAGAAACUGAAACGACGUCCCCGAUACUGAACGAUAUUAAUAAUAAUAAUACAAUAUUGUAUAAAUUAUUUAAAUAAUGUUCACGCAACUUAAUAUGUAUACAUAUUUCCAAAGAACAAAAUUACGAAUAUUACUAUAUACUGUAUAGUAUUAUACGACUAAACGAGUAUGCGUGAUGGGAAAUGGUGAGAGAGAGGGGGGGCGGGGGUGUUAUUAACGAAAUAAACUGUGUGCGGGUACCAAUCACUGCGGUCGUCUACAAUUGUAAUGUAGGUACUAGAUAGGUAGGUACUAUGUCUUUCGACUUGAUUGGUGUAAUAAUAUAAUAGAGUACGUAAUAUUCAUUGACGGAUGCGGCGGUGGCGGCGAGUAUACAGCCGACGUGAACACAAAUCGUUGGUAUAUAUUUGUGUAUAGUGUGUGCGCAUUAAACAUAUAAUAAUAAUAUUAUAUACUUAUACACAAAAUGAUGCCCCCUAUGGACGUAAUGAAACCAAAUCCUGGACGGGUUUGUUCACUUCAAUGGAAUGCAGCUUGGUGAGGAGAGCCUUGGACCGUGGUGUGUGUGUGAGUGUGUGCGUGUGUGUGUGCGUCUGUUGUUCCGUACCGACUAAACCCACGACGCUUCGGGUAAAAAACAACGUCUCUGCAGCAGCCGUAAAUUGAUCGCGUUUCGUGUUGGUUUUUUCAUAUUUUUUUGGGAAGGCCGGGUAGGGGGAGGACAAUCACGAUCGAAAUCCGAAAAAUAACGUCGGUGGCACGCGUUAUACGCUGCAAUGUAGAUUUUGUUAGAUUUUAAAAACAAUAACAAAAACACUCCGUCGGGACUCUUUGCUGCAGACAGUAUUAUAUCGAGGAACUGUACGUAAUCGUAUGUGUAACCCACUGCAGCUGCAGUCAGUGGUACCAAACUCGUGUGGAAUACGUUUCAAAAGGCCCAAUAACUAAACACAGCCUAUUUUAUGUGCAAAUUUAUGGUAAACGUAGGUUUUCAUUUCUGUAAUGAAGUAUUCAUUCGGUUUGGCAAUAAUAUUUUGCCCUUUGUCUGAUUUUAAUAUUCUAAAUUUAAGUUUAAUGGCCAACAAUAAGCAAACAAAUUGUUAAAUGUGCCAGUAAAACUGCCUGUUCUAAGUCUGAAAAAAAAAAUGUGAAGAGAAAUUGUACUAAAGUUAAAUAUCUAUGAGAUGAAAUUCGGGUUUAGUACUAAAAACUUCUUGGAACGUACAAUUCCUAACUGUACACGUAUUGUGUAUGGUAUUUCCAUGUUGUAGAAAUUCUUAAAUGCGCACCAACAACCGUUAAAUCUACCGUGUAUAGACAAUCGUUAUUCCCCCAAAGGGUCAUCCCCAUCAAAUAUAUAAUAUAUACCUACAAUUGUAGAUAAAUAAAUGUUAUAUAAACAAAUAUACGUAUAUACGAUAUGUCAAAAUAAUUCAUAUUGCCAUCCACAGUUUCCAAAACCUAGUACUGUUGAUUAUUGUAGUACUAUUAUUGUUAUUAUUAUUAUUAUUAGUAUAUAACUAAUUGUUGCGUUGGUCAGAAAUAGACCUCAUGGAAUAAUCUCGUAAUUCCUCAUUAAUAAUCGCAAAUCCGAUUUUAGUUUGAAAUUCCGAAUACGCUGAAUAUUAUCAACAACAAAUGACCAAACACUUUCAGUACAGGUCUAAAUUAUGAAACGACUUUUUUAGGCAACCGUUUUUUUUUCUUACGAUAUCCGAGUUAAUCCGACUUGUAAUUAAUUAUUUAAGAUUUACUAUUUGAACUUGAAUAGUUUUUAACUAUUACUGACUUGGUAUAUUAUAAAGUAACAAAAUAAAUAAUAAAAAUUGAACGAUUGGUAUCCGUCUAUGUUCUUAAAAUAUGUGUAAAUUGUAUGUUAUAAAUGUGUUAUGAUCAAUAUCGAGAUAAAACUAUUUGCACUCGACUUGUAGAUUUGUGAAAUGUGUAUACUCCAUAUACGCUUACGUAAGUGUAUCAUAAACCCAUACGUUGUGUAUACGCAUAUAUUAUAUUAUGUCCAGUUUACUAGACGUCGAUCGUAUGUGAACCACUUUCGAUUUUAAGUCGUGGACACUAAAUCCACUUUCGUCUAUCAAUACUGUAUGAAAACUGGUCGAAUAUUUAUUAUCCAUGAAAAGCAUAAUAUUUAAAUUACUCUAUAUUUUUUAACAAAUAAUAUAAUGCACUAUUUUUAUUUUUUUUAAAAAAAAAAAAAACCUAUACCCGAGGAUAUUCACCCUCGGACGCAUUCAGGAACUAGGUAUUUUUUUUUUCUCGCAAAAUCAAAAUUAAUAAUAAAUUAUGCGUGCUAUACUCGCAUAUUAUUUCCAUGAAAAUUUACUCCGGAAAAUAACGAUUUAUAAUAUGAAUCUUUAAUCACUUAAUUUGGAAUAAAAUAUGGACAAAUGCGGUAGUUUUAAUAUCAGAAAUUUCGCGAAAAUUCCAAUUCAGAGAAAUCGCCACAAUCACUCUGUACCUACCUACAAUGCACGAUACAUAUAUUGAGUUUCUAUAUUAUUAUAUUAUGGGCUACCUACAGGAAAAGAAAAAAAAACUGCUGCAACAACAAUAUUGUCGGUGAUAAUAAUAUAAUUAAUAACCGCGUCAAUAUUGGUUUUCGUGCACACGAAAGUAUGACGCAUUCUGCAGCAUAUAUAAAACGCGGAGAAGGGAGGGAAAAAAAAGUGAGACCGGUAAAAUAGCGCGAAACUAUGCGUUCUUUACGAGUCGUUGGAAAGUUUCGGUUGCCAUCGCCGGGAAAAGGGUUGAACGGUCGAUGUUUCUCCGGUAGAUCGGUUAACAACCAUAUACCGCGGUUACGGUAUAGGUAUACAUUUUUAAAUUCCGUAUAGUUUCCUGCAGGGUCCGGUUGACGGCGUAUCGACCAAUAUACCCACGGUUUUUGUGUGUUCCGAUUCGGUGACGAAACGCAUUUGAUCGACCCGAACGGUAAACACCGGUACAUAUAGCGGUAAACAACUGAGCCGGCUGUGUAUUUUUUACGCACCGGACCUUGACUAUCUCUCCUCUUUAUCUACCGAAAACAUUAAUUUUUUUUUUUUAUUUUUUUUUUCCCAACGUCAAGCGCAUACUAUAUAUAAUAUUAUGCUGCACAGCGAGUGUUCGCUCGUUAAUAAAAAAAAAAAAAAUAAACACAAUACGGCAUUUUCGUUUCAUCGCUUAUGAUGAUAAUAUUAUUAUUAUAUAAUGUGUUCAUCGAUUAUAACGAUUUACGAUGGACAUUCUUUAUUUUUAUACGGCAAAUCACCCGUUGAAAAAAAAAAACUCAAACAAAUUAAUUUUGAGUUAUUUAAUGAUUAUUAUAAUAUUGGUAGGAAGUACCUACGUAUAUUAUUCAGAUUGCUACAACAUCAAAAUAUAUAACGGCGUUAUAAUUUUUUUUUCCAAAGUUACAUUUAAGUUCUGUGUAUCAACAUCGUUAUGGUAAUGUUAAUACCACCAUAAUGGAUACCUACAUAUAAUAAUAUAAUAUUUUUUUUUAGUAUUCUGAACAAUUAGUGUGAAAUAUUUUAUUGCGGUUUCAUUAAUAGGUAGAUAAUUAAGUAAGAAACUUUAUUUACUUAAACCGGCUACCUUAUAGCAGUUACCUACUUAUACAUUCUGAUUGUAACGAAAAAAAGCUAUUCAUUUUACUAUCCUUCAAUUUUUUCAUGUGAUACCUUCUUAAGACUAGAAUUUUUUACCUAAUGGUACUUCAUUUCAUUAAUUGUUUCAAUAACAAAAUUUUUCCAAAAAAAUUGCUUGUUUUUUUUUUUUUGAGUAUAAAUGCUCCGGUUUCUUUACGAAGUAUAUAUAGGUGUAUAGUAUCUUAAAAAAAAAUUCGGGAUUUCCAACCGAUGGUACCUACUUUACACAUUUUGUCUAAAAUAUUUAAAAAUUAACAUCAAAUUAUAAUUACAUUAGUUUUAUUUUUGCUGGUUUUUGGAUUACUAGCUACAAGGGGAAAAUAUAACCAUACUAGUUUACUGGGCUACACUCAAAAUAGUUGUUGAAUUCCAAUGAUUUAUCGUCGCUAUCAGUAUAUAUUAUAAACUACAAAUUCUUCUUCCAAUAUCUUUAAAGAAUUGUUUUCAUCUGUACAACAGUGGUUCAUCCAUUAUUCAAUUUAAUUUAACGUGAUGAUGGAUCUGAUUUGAAUUACCUAAAACUAUUUGGUUUGUGCGUUCUAUAUUAUAUUAUUAAAAUAGAUAAAUUUUCUAUCAAACACUUUGGCCUUAGAAUAAUAAUAUUGUUUCUCUAAUUAUAUUAUUAUUAAUGACAUCCACCUAUAGGUAAUAGGUAGCCAGUAUAGGUAUUUUCUUUACACGAGUUAUCAAUAGUAGUUAUUUUCAAUACGUUAUCAUUAAGAAAAUAUUGUAAAUUCUUAUUACGGGUACAUAAUAUGAUAAUGCACAGACAGAAUUUUGUUCUUAUCGUAUAUAUAUAUAAAACGAAAUCGUGACAAACAAAUCUUACAGCGUGUUUGAAUUUUUUCCCGUGAACUAAGAAAUACGUCAAUUAGUCUCGGAUCAUGGUGUAGAAUAUAUAGCAUACGCAGUCAGAGGAAAAGUUCCAAAUUAAAAACCAACUCCUAGUCUUGGCCUAAAUAAUAUAACAAUUGCAUUGGAUUCAUACAUUAGCAUAAUAUAAAAUAAUGUUUCGUGUCUAUUUCUAAAAAUAAAUGUAUUACACAUUUCCGCAAAAAAAAUGUGCAGUAAUUAAUACAAAUUUCACUAUUGAAAAUUGUUUUAAUAGAUAUUUUAUAAAUAUGUUUUAAAACUAGAAAUAAAAAAAGACCUGAUACUGCUGAUGGGUGUGCCACUAUUGUAUGUAGGGAGUUAUAGGAAAGUAUGAUGAUACAUAAUGUUAUUUACUUUAUAUCUAUAUUUACGAUGUAUCAUUGUUGACGAAAUACAAUUCUGAGCGAAGUUUGGGAUUAUAUAUUACAUAUUUUUAAACACCAUGGUGGUGGUUUGGUCUAACUUAAAUGGUUAUAAACAAAAUUAUUGCUUUACGCUAAACAUAUAUUUUCUUCUUGGUCUUCAUCUCGCAAUGUUUCCUUCAACACUUCUUUCAAUAUUAUUGUCUUUAGUAAUAUUUCGUGUCUUAUUAUGUGUGCCAUAUCUUAUCUCGUGUGGAUUGAAUAUAUUUCUAUAACGUAUUUUUUCCUCUUCUUAUAAAAUCCUAUCGGUUCAGAGGGUUUUAAGCAUUUUCCUGAGGCACUACACCUCAAAAGCUUCCAGCCGACUUUUUCCCAUUGAGUUAAUUAUUCAUGUUUCGAAUCCAAAAGGCACCACGUUUCUCACUCCAAUAGUUAAUACAUGGCUUUUAUCUUGGAAGACUCUUUUCGCUUAUGCUAUCUUAUACAGAUUAUAUUGUAUUUGUUUUGCUGUUUUGUGGGGCUAUCAUCUGUAUUAUCUCGUAUGUAUCUAAUAGGGUACUGAAAAUAAAAAAUAAUUACUCAAUUGUUCUUGAUCACUGCUUAAACAUGAGCUUUUUGGUUAUUUAAAAUAAUUAUGAAAAAUUUUAAACGAUACCUAAUGCUAAACUCGUAUGCAUAAUUAGUAUUAUAAGUUUACAUUUUUGUAUAAUAAAAAUGUCCAAAUCAUUUUUUUUAAUAUUUGCACGUAUUUAUAUUAUUACAAAAUACAAAAUAAUGAAAAUGAUAAAUCUUUUCAGAUAAAUAAUACUCUAAAAAAAAACAAAAAGUGCUUAUACUUUUAAAAACCCUUAAAUAUACACUAAAGAUAUGCUCAAUAUUUUUUUCUAGCUAUUUGAUUAAUUAUUUGAAAAUGAUCUAAAAAAGAAAAACAAUAAAUUACCUACCUACUUAAUUUAAUUAUAAUGAUAAUGAAUCAUUUAUUAUAAUACUUUUUAUCUUAAUACAAUUUUUACUUUUAAUUGAUAUAAUUAAGAAAACAUUGAGAUAUUACAUUAAUUGAUUAAUGAAUUUAACCAUUAUGAUAUCCACUGGCAUGAAUCGAUCACUACAGAUUACCAUGAGCAGGAAUGUCGUUUUGAUAAAUCUCAUUUUUUAAAUUGAGCAAAAAAGCAUGUAAAACUUAAAAUUGUUUCAAAAAGCAAAAAAUAUCUAAAUACGCAACCCAAAAUUAUAAAUUUGGUAUUUGAUAUGCAGAUGCUAGAAGUCAUCUGUCCUACUUAUUAUAAUAAUGAAACUCUACGUCCAAGCUUACUUACACAUUAUUAAUUUGUCCUAAUGAAGUACUUUACGCAAUAUUUUAUAACAGUUAUUACCAUUAAAAUUAUUCGUAGUUUUCUCCGUUGUCGACUAAAUCUGCGAUUUAUGAGUAUGUGAAAUAUCGCAACUUAAAAAUACGUAUAAAUCGUUUAAAAAUUAAAGUAUCGAAAUAAAACCUGUAUUAUUGCACAGAUAAUGUUCUUUUUAUGUUUGAUAAUAGGUCAAUUCGCUCUAAUAUUUAAACUAAGUACACAAAGAUGUCCAUGCUGAACGCAAAUUUGCUAAUGUUGUAUAUGUCUAUAAGACGGAGUAAGCACAUGUGGGUAUCACGUCCUUUUAAACAUAUCAUACCGAAUGUUAAAUGAAUUUGAUAUAAAUUAAUUUAUAUGUACUUAGCUGUUAAAUACAUGCAAUUUGUAGCUAUGAUAAACGAUGAUAGUAUUAUAACACUUCGUUAAUUACUAUAGCAUUUCAUAAACUUUAAACGUAAGUAUCGUAUUGUAUAAUAAUAUUUUCGUCUGUAACUUUAAAAUGGUUUUAGAUGGUUUUAUAUCUAAAGUAUUACGCGGUACCGGUUAAGUGAUCGUCAUUAUACCGACGCAUCAUUAACAUUAUUUUGAAUAAUAAAGCAGCGAUUACGUCAGAUAUGUAUAAUCUGUACACGAUGAUCGCAUAAAAACCGUAUUUAUUUUUACCAAUCUUCUUCCGUAAAAAUAAUUCGUUAGAAAAUUGUUUAUGUUUCGAUGCGAUUUUUAACGGUUGUGCGAUGAUGGUAUAUAGUCGACUUCCUAUAUAAUAUACCUAAUACGAAAUAUAAAUAGGUACUGUUAUUAUAACAAUCGCGAUAAAAUUCACUGUAUUCACACCACUGUGCACGUGCUUAAAAUUAGACGACGACGACGAUGUAGGUAAAAAAAACCCCAGCACACGUCUCUCGUCUUCGAGUAGAUGUAAGCUGUAUAGGUCACCUGUAGCCUAUAAUAGUUUAUUGGCACAGCUGCAUCGACUGCAACAGCUCCCUUUAAACAAAAAAAAAUGUAUAGAUACAUGUCAUAAAAUAAUAAACUCGGAACCGGCAAUAGUAUAGGUAAUAAUAUGACAAAACAUAAUAAACUGUACUUAUAUAGAAACGUACCCACUAUUAGGUACACAUACAUUAUUAUUAUUAUUAUUAUAUUGGCACCGACCGACUUGUGUGUGUGUGUGUGUGUGUGUCACGCCUCUUGGCAAAUAGGCUAAAGUCGCGCAUUCCGCCGCGUGCACAAAUGUACGAUUUUUUUUUAUUUUUUAAUAUUAUUUAUGUAGGUAUGUUGUGUGUGUGUCCGCGCACUUUCUACGGGUCGGAUGAUCGUUUUAUUCCCAUUAUAUAGGUAUCUGGUCAUUGUCGCAUUAUUGCAACAGCAGUACCUAUUCGCACCGUAUAUGUUUAAACUCUCCUCUGCGUCCCUCGCUAUACAAUCACGCAAUGAAAAAUAGUUUUUUAAUAUACUCGAAAACCAAAAAAAAAAAAAAAAAAACGAAACAAAAAAAACCUGCUAUAUAAUCACCAAACCCGAGCUGACGAACACAAGCUCGUACGUAAAUAAUAAGCGUGGGAAAUUUGGUGCUAUUAGUUAUAUUUGAAUUGGUUUUAUAACUGGUUUUUCACAACAAUAUAUUAUAGGCAUAUAAUUUACACAUCGAAUUUAACGACAAAACAAUUUCGAUUUCUUGUAUAAAAUAAAUACCGCGGAUUAGUGUAUAAACGGCUAAGUUUAAAAUAAUAUAGUAGGCAUAGAGUUAUCAAAAUUCUAGGUUUAAAAUUUAAUAUUACACAUGUUUAGUUUAACGAAAUUUAUCUCCAAGUAUAUAAUUCAUAAUUUUGAAUUCAUCGAUGAUCGGUAGAACUUAACCGUUGUUUAUAACAUAUAGUGGUACAAAUUUAAAUCACGUUUAUGUAUUAUCCGUACUUUUAUAUAUUUGUGAUCUAUAUAAUAUUCAAAUACCUAUUUGAGUAACAAAUUUUGUUAUCCGCCAGCAGUGGCGAACUUAAAUAUUCAUCUAGGGGGUGGCGAUAUAAUUCGCAUUCAAACACGUCACAUUAGCACAUAUAUAAUAUUGUGAACUCAAACUCCUUACAAGUAUGCCCGACCCACUUGACUCAACUAAAUGCCAGAAAAAUGUGGGUUUUGCAUUUUUCUUCCAAAAACUAUAAACCACCUGGUAAAUGAAAUAAAAAUACGUAUAACGCAGGUAUUUGUUUAGAAAAAUAAAAUGUAAAUAGGUACUUACAAGUUACCACUUAUAUUGUUUAUUCGUCGCUUUUUAUCGUGUUUCGCACCAUUUUUAUAUCGAGUGUUCAAACAAUCCCGUGGCCUGCAACACUUAUACAUAAAUUAAUGAAUUUCAAUUUUGUAUUUCUUUUUUUUCGUUUAUAAUUUAACUAAAUAUCACAACAGAUUCUAAUAAUACGACUUUUAAUAUAGUAUAUUAUAGUUAAUAUUAAUACAGAGUAUAGAAGAACACACGUACGUAGCCAGGAAUUUUUAAAGGGGGUGUUUUAAUUUUAUAUUCAAACACACUUGUUGGUGAUUCAAACAUUUUCUAUGAAGUCAUAGAUCAAGUCAUAAUAUCACCAAUAACCAUUAAUACGUAUUUAAUAUAGUAGUAUAAUGUACAAUAUCUUCACUGCUUAUAAUAAAUAAUUAUAUCAAACAGGCACGUAUACAGGAGGAGGUUUUGGGGGUGGUUGAACCCUCCGAAAAUUAAUAGCUGUGUAAAUUUACUUAUUUCGAAUUAAUAUUUGUUUAUAAAUAUUGAUAAUAUUAGUAAUAUUAGUCAUUAUAAAUUUUUUAUGAACCUCCCUCCCCAUUUUUUUUUUUUGUCUAAGUGCCUGAUAUCAAAUAUAACCAUACAAUAACUACAUAUUCUGUAAGAAACCUAAUUAUUUUUACCAUAUAGUGUAUAAUUUAUUUUGACUUAAAUAGAGUGGGGGGGGGUUAACACCCAAAUCACCGUUUCCUCCUGGCUACACACCUAUAAUACGUAUAUGUCAUGUAAAAUAUCAAACCGGUGUGCAUAAUAUGCAAAACGCAUGUGCGACAUUUUUAUCUCCUUUGAGAUACAAUUAAUUUAACAUUGUGUAUACUGUAAAUAUCUAUCAUACGAUCGCCGAUAUCCCAUAUAGACAAAACUGUACAAUACAACACGUAUAUAAACCUACCUACCUGUAUGAAUAUUGAAUGGUAAGAUAAUUAUAAUAAUAUACAUACAGGCACGCAUUCAUCGACAUAAACGAUACGACCCGCAGCUCUGUCGCGAGUCGCCCAGAACCGAUUAAUGUUUUCAUUUGGAGGCCGUCUGUGCCGUCGUAUAGCAUCGCCGUUUUGUUAUUAACAAUUAACAAUGCGUAUACAAUAUUAUAAUGUAGGUACGUGUCUAUGUUUCUGCUGCUUAUUAAUAUUCCUGCAGGACAUUUGUUUAAUUUUAUUUGUUGAUUAAUUAAUGUCAUUAUACGUCAUAAAUAAAUUGCGCGGCACAAAUUUGAAUCGAAUUAAAAUGUUAAUAACAAUAUAUAAAGCGGUACAUGCAGUUAGACUUAGAAUACAAUCGAAAACGAACACGGUCAUCAUCUAUUUAUAUUGUUAAAUUUUAAAUGUACCAUAUUGUAUACAUAUAUCCUUGUAUAUACCGUAUAAUUACACCGCUGCAUUCGUUGCAUUAUUCACUCGUAUUUACCUAGGUAUAUUAUACUAGCUGAAAUUUCAGUUAUAGUUUCGUGUCUGUUAUAUGGAUAGGGAUAUAAAACAAUUAGAAAACCGAAUCUGAUAAACUAACUAAAAUUAUACUUAAUCAACUUUAAGAAUAUGUCCAAAUUACAAAAUUAAUUAUGAUCGGUUAUUGGUUAAUGUUGGUCGAAAUGUAUGGGGCAAAACCAUUCAGUAUACUACAGAAAAUAAUUAAAUUAUUUUAAACAUAAUUUUUAAAAGUUCCAUGGAACUUGUAUUAUUUCGUUAUAUUUUGCAUGCAUUUUUAACGACGUUAUUAUUACCCCAUUAUAUAGAUAUUAGCAAUCAUCUGAAAUUUAUUUUUAAAACUAUUUUGGUUAAUUUUAAACUUUCGAAACUUAAUUAUAUAAUGUCGAAUAAUAUUAUGGUUUGAAUUUAAAAAAUAAAAACAUUUUCGGACUUCUAGUUCCGAAGAUAUUAUUUCAAUUCCCGCUUAGGUGACCAGCACUCGCUAACUCUCCUCUGUUUUAUCAAAUUAAAAUUUCACAUUACGCUGUCUAAAUGUUACAUUGAAUAAUAUGCUACAUAAUAUAUAUGCAUCUACUAGUUCUUUGUUUAAUAUUUUUAUCUGUUAUUUGUGGGUGUAAAAUGAUACUUUUGCGUUUUGAUCCCUCAGAAGCGUCUCCAUGGAUAAAACUGUUCCUUUAUUCCCUCUAUCACUGCCACCACUGCUAUCAUAUACAGUUGACUAUCUAGUCGUUUUAAACCGAGCCUAUAUCAUCGUUGAAACCACCCGAUUGUUUUUCUUUUAAUAUAAUAUGGUGGUGACGAAAUACUAGUGUACAUUUGUGUUUUCGUUCUAGUGUGUACGUGUACCGUUGUACGAAAAUAUUUUAAUACGAACAUUUUUCAUCAAAUAUAAAAUAAUAAAAGCAAUUCUCUCGGUGGCGGUUUUAUGGAGCGUCCAGGGAUUCUGGACGGGGGGUCCAGACCCCGAGUUUAGAUUACGGAAAGUAGAUUUUGUGUUAUAAUUUUAAAAUUAAAUGUAUAGUUUUUUGUUGAUUAAAAAAUAGGUUUAUUAAUUUAGGUAAUUAAAAAAAUAAUCGGUGUGUAAGUUAAUUAAAAUAAAUUGAUAAAUAUUGGGUAAAUAAUUGUUGUAUGUUAAUAUUAAAUACCCUCGCCCCCAGAAAAAAAGAUCAAAAACCGCCACUGAAUUCACGUGAGUACGGUAAAAAUAUAAAUGAUCGCAUAAAAUGCGACACCAUAUUAUUUAAUAUUACACAAUACCUGUAUAUACAUGCAAGUGUAUUGGUUCAUCAGUUUGAUAAUCUUGAAAUAUUCCGCUAGACAGUGGACCGUCACAAUAACAUAAAUAUGGUAAAGCUAGAAAAGAAACUCGUUUUUAACAGAUUAGCACAUUUAUAUAAUAUUAUUACACUGUGUGAAUGCAAUGCAUGCAUUUCAACAAGUUUACUUGAUUUUCAUCACGUUUUUAUUGUUCGUUUAUAUAUUUUAUAUUGGUUAUAGUUUUAAGGCCAACAUCUAUAUGAUUACACUAUAUUGAGUACUUGAAAUCCUUUAAGUAUAGGUACGUGAAAUAAUUGUACGUGUGAUUAUUACACACUUUGUUAAUUACCAAAAGAACAUAAUAACAAUAAAAUAAAUGAUCCUUUAUAGCUGAACCAAUAAAAUAUCAAUGUAUAUUUACUAAUAAUGUAAGAAAAUUCAUCAAUAUGGGGCUGUAUAUACCUAUAUACCUCGUAUAUGUACCUAUAAUACGGCACAGAAUAACACGUAACAAUAGUUAAUUUCUUUAAUAUUAAUAUACCAGUUUCUAUGACAUUUACUCGCUCCUGUGAUAUUAGAUACUUGAGCACAGCAAUGAAUGUUUUGGUUUUACUAUGAUACGUUUUUUUUUUCUAUCUACCCUAUAGGUAAUCGUUAUGUUUAACAUAAUAACGUAACGUCAUUACUCGUUACACGAUAAGGGGUGCGUAACACAAUAAAUUUAGACCACCCGAAUGUCAUAACCAAGCUGACCGAUAUUGUGUGUGAGUGUGACUGGCGACCGCGCGAAUUAACCAAUUAAAUUUGGCUCAUAUCCUACGCGUGGUGCGCGUAUGUAAACCGUAUUUACGUGUUUUGUUUAUAUUUUGUCUCUCGCGUAUUUGCAAUUGAUGAUAUUUCCCUGUUAUUCUGUAGUAAUUGGCAAAUUAACGAAAUAAAUAUAAAUUAAAUAAAUAAAUAACAUUGAUUAAUUAACAAAUCGCCGGUCGUUUUGCAGAGCGGCCACGGCGGCUUUGGUGGAGAAACAAAGCAGCGAAAUGCUGGAGCUGAUCAAUGAGAAGCGCAGUGAGUACAUGAUGGCCGAAUCGCUGUACUUGGACGACUCGACGAUACCGGACGAGACGGCCGAGGCACUCAACGAAAACGUACAACCGUACCCGGGCAAGGCGCCGUUACCGCCGUCUCCACACGGCGUGGCCCAUGCAAAGUUUCAGUUGUACUCGGACCCGUUAGAGUUUGCGCACAUUGACCAGAUCGCCAUAUCAGUAAGUAAUAUACAGGGUGAUUACCAUAACGAACAACGUUCAUUAUCUGGAAAAGUAUCUACAUUUUUUCGAAAUUUGAUUUUUAGAAUAAGCAAUUUACGGAUACAAAAACAGAUUUAAAUUGUUACGUAUUGACCGUUAUUUUUUUCAUACUUAUUUUAGAGGGCGGGUGAAACCACUACUCACUUAAAUACUAACCUAUAUUAGAAAUUCCGUAAACAAAUGAAAUUCUAGUUUCAAUACAUGUCGGUUCUGAAAUGCUUAAUGUUCGUCAGACGCCACACGCCGCGCCACCACAUGAAUGAUGUACAGUGAUUAAGGGAUGAAAAUAAAAAUUUAACUCUGUCUAUAUAUGUGGCCUCCUCGUACAAGACCCAAUUGAGAAAAAAAAUGAAUAUUGACAGAGUUCUUACCAUAUGGAUGACACUGUAGGACACAAUCUGUAUAGUGUUUUAUGUGAUAAAUUCAGAAUUUGUUAUAUUAUUUGAAAAAGAAAUUACACUUGUCAGUGGGUUAAAGAAAGUUAAAAUUUAAAAACUUAAAUGAUUUUUAGAGCUUAAAAAAGUAAAAAAAAAUAAUAAUUUGUAAAUUAAUUCAUUUUUAUAAUGACCCUAAAUAAUUACGUCCAUUAUUUCGUGUAUAACUCGAAUAACUCAUAUAACUCGAAGUAAUUCGUCAAUAAAUAAUAUUUACAAAUAUUCGAUAUUAGUAUAUUUUUUUUUUUACGGUUUAAUAAGGAAACGUCGAUCUUAAAAAGGAAGAAAACUAUAUUCAGUAGUGUCAUGGCUGAAUUUUCCAUAUUUUAAGAAGGCUAAAAGUGACAAAACGCUGUUAAUAGACUAUGAUGAUCUUUCACAAACCAUGAUUUCCGUUAUUAAAACCGUUUUUUUUUUCUAUUCGAUUCAAAACGGUAGUUUUCAAUGACAAUAAUAUAUAGGUACAAUAACGUUUAGCGUUACAUUUCUAAGUCUACAAAUAUCGAAACGUGUUAAACGAAUCUGACAAUAGUUUGGUGUGUUAAUUUUUAUUACCUACUAAGGCACUACACUUGUAUAAAGAUUUAUUAAAGAUUAAUAAUUUCGCUUGUAUUAUACUUUUAGAACUGUAGUCAAUCCUUGUUUGUAUGCUCGUAUAUUAUAAAAUCGUAUAUUAAAUUUAUUUUCUUUUUAAUUUAAAUUAAUUAGUAUGACGUAGUUAGAUUCGUAUAAUAUACAUGUAAUUUAAAUAAUUAUCUUCGCAUGUAUAGAAUUUACAGAUAAUGAUGAAAUCAAUUCGAAAACAAUUGAAUGUUUAGAUAUUUGAAUUUAAAUAAUUAUGACUUGUAAUAGUAAAUAACAUAUAUUUAUAGUUAGGUAGUUAAUAUAGUUCAGUGAAAUGAAACUGUAUAUUAUGUUUUAUAGGUAGCCCAAGAAGACCAAAAGACUUUUACAGACUUAGUAAGGAUGUUAGUUGGAAAAUGUGGUUCAGAUAUAGAGAAAGCCAGGUAAGAAAUAACCGUAUAAAAAAACGCAAUUUACUUUAAUUAUAUUAACAAUAGAUAACACUAAUAUUAUUAUAUAAGCAAUAUAAUUUAAAUAUGAUUUUUACAGAAACUAUUAGUUUUUCUUAAUUGAUACUUAUACAAUUUUUAAAAAUAUGUUAUUUAAAUAUUUAAGGCUUAAAUAUUUGAAUAGUUCAAAUAUAGGUACUCGAUCAACUAUCCUUGACGAUAUUUUUUAUUUGAUUCAUUUUGUUUUAAUCAUUUAAUAGUAAUCAAUAAUAUUUUAUACAUCGGCCGAACCGAUUAAUAUUAAACCAUUGUAUUUGAUUUUUAGAACGAUUUUCCGAUGGAUAACCGUAAAAAACUUAAACACAAUGAAUUUCGACGAUAAUCUGAGAGGAGACACACCAAUGGGUUUACUCAGAGGUAUUAAACACGGAACUGAAAGUUACCAUGUGCUAUUCAAACGACUAUGCAGGUGGGUGAUCAAACUAUUCAAUAUUAUUAGUUAUAUUAUUGAAGACAAAUUUACUUCGACAUUUUUUCAAUCCAAAACACAAUAUUUUGAAUUUAAUACAAUUUCUAUUUAUUUUUUCUUUAAUUUACUAUUUUUCGAAUACUAUAACGAUGAAUGAUGACGUUCCGUUAUUUUUUUUAUUAUAUUAAUUAUAUGCAUUUGAUUCGUGCAGUUACGCUGGUUUACAUUGCGUCGUCAUCAAGGGUUACUCAAAGUCGGCAGGCUACCAGCCUGGCGUUCAUUUUGAAGACAGUCGAUUCCGAAACUCGUGGAACGCUGUUUACGUAGCCGGAGCUUGGCGUUUCGUGCAAUGCAAUUGGGGUGCACGGCAUUUAGUUAACGCCAAAGAAGUGCCCAAAGUGGGUGCCAAAGGGAAAUCCGAUAGUCUCAGGUUUGAAUUUUUUUUUAUAUAUAUAAAUAUUAUACAAAUACGUAAUAAAUAGCUGAUUUUAUUAUCCGUAAUUAUAUUGUUAACCUACUAAAUAUCAAAUGUUUUAAUUCCCAACUAAAACUCAUUUAUGAAUUACUAAUUAAUUGUUAUCAAUUUAUUGACGUACUGUGUACGUUUUUUAUUCUAGUUUUAAAAGAUUGAAAAUUAAAUUUUGUCUGUCUCUACCUACUUUGCGGCUAAAAUAAAAUGAAAUCCUUAGAUAACUGAUUAGCAUCAGUGAGUGGCUUUUCCUCUCAAGAAUAGUUAUCUAAAGAAAUAACAAGCAUUUUAUUAAAGUAACAAUAAUAGUAAAUAAUAAUUUAUUUAUAAUAAAAAAAAAUGUUCUGCGAGGAACAGAGUAUUUUUUCUAUAUUAUAGGUAUUAGUUAUGAUUAGAAAGACUGUCCAUUGUAAAACGCUUAUCGAGUUUAUCUAUCUGUAACAAUUUUUGAUGACUGGUGCCUAUUUUAACUAUUUGUUUGCAUUAGGUGAUGUACAAAAUUGUAGAAAAUAGUAUAUUUAUUUCAAAAGAUUAUAGUUAAUAAGUUCAGUUGGUUAAAUAAAAUCUCAAAUUUAACAAAAAUUACCAGUAAACAACAAACCUAACCUAACCAAACCUAAGUGUAUAAAUCUUCGAUUUAACGUUCAGUUACUCUACCGAAUUUGUCUACAUGUAUUUAUAAUUUUUCACGCAGAUAUGAAUAUGACGAUCAUUACUUCCUGACGGAUCCUAGAGAGUUUAUCUAUGAAUUUUUCCCGUUGCAACCCGAAUGGCAGUUACUCAAAAAUCCUAUUACUCAACGAGACUUUGAAGAUUUACCGUUCGUCAGGUCUCUGUUCUUCAGAUACGGCCUAUAUUUCCCAGACUCAAAUACGAAGGCUGUUAUGUACACAGAUGCAACAGGUAAAAUACACUAUUAACAAUUACAUACAUUAUUAUAAAACAUUGAUAUUGUUAAAAAUACCCAAUACAUUUUAACAACAUAAUGGAUUUAUAAUAUUUUAUAGUACUGGCACUUACGCAGGUAGUGUUUUGGAUGUUCUGACAUCCCCGAAAUGUUUGGGUUACACAUUAUAUUUAUCUAAAAAAACUUAUAAUUUUCAAUAACUGAUUUUUAAAAACGUCCCCCAAAACUAUUUUCGUGUACGUCCCUUAUACAUGUAGUUAUACAACCAUUAUAGGUAUCUAUAACUCAUAUAGACAUUAUAAAACGAUGAUCUUAAUAUAUCUAUGCUCUAAAGUCUAAACUCUUAUACUGAUAAUAUUAUUAAAAAUUAUGUAAAUUAAUGUGGUCUCGCAACACGGUACACUGAAUUUUGUCGAAUGUCACGCAAUUAAUACGACUUUCGUCAAAUCAACAAUUUCUAUAAUGGAAAAGCGUUACAAAUUAGCAAGUGUAUAAUAUAUACACCUAUAUAGGUAUAUUAUAUAUAUAUGUAUAAACUAUAAAAAAAAAAAAAAAACGCCACCAAUCAGAUUUCUAAAACGAUACAGUAGAUUUCGUAUGACAUCGACUUGUAGCGUUUUCGAUGUAGGUAGGUAUAGCGUGUAGAUACGUAAAACGCGAAUUUACAAAUAAACAACUCGUGAAUAUUUUUUGUUUUAGAUUCGAAGCGUAGCGAGGGAUCUAUUUGUUUUUAAUGUGUUUUAAAUUUUUGUUGUAUUCGUAACAAAUCAUAACGUGUGGUAAUUAUUAUUAAUAUUCAUUUUAGCUGGACUAUAAUAUGUUGGCGGUUUAUAAAUUCAAAUAUUAUGCGCAUCACAAAAUGAUUAAAUUAUUUAAGUUAGGUAAUAGGUAUAAUAAUAAUAAUAAAAAUAAGUUGUAUACUCUUCGUCAAAUAUAAAUUUAUAUUUUUAAUUAACCAUUAAAGAGAUUACAAAUCGCAUGGUUAGGUACACUCUCUACCUGAGCAUACCUAUUAUAGUAUAAUAGGUAUGCUCUCAAAUUAGUUAAUGGUUUCAUCGUGCACGCUUAACGCAGUUGCAAUUAUUAAUGUCAAGAUAAUUAUUUUGCUAUAAGUCAAGUUCUAAUAAGCAGGUGGAUAUUAUAUAUUCCAUAUAUCCAGUGAUUUUACAUUGACCGUGAACUUCUUUCUGCGUACGAUUUCCUUAAUUAUUUACACUCGCGACUUGUUAUAUACCUAUAGAUAUAAAAAAAAAAACUUUGAGGAUGUUUGUAUAUAUAUAUAUAUAUACAUAAUUAACCACCUAUUAUAAUCAAAAUAAAUUUUUCCCGUCUUAAAAACAAAAUGUAUUUAUAACUCCAGGCGCCGCUACGGUGAGAAUAGCAAUACCGACCAACAUGCAAUCCAACCUGAUAUUCCACUACAAUUUGAAAUUCUACGAAAGCGAAGGGGACACCUACGACGGAGUGAGCUUGAAGCGUUUCGUCAUGCAGGUAUGAUGAUAUAUACACAUUAUAAUGUAUAAUAAUAUGAAUGUUUUGCAAAAAUUACAAUGCAUUUCUUUUUAACUUAAAUUUAAAUUUAAUUUACUCGCGUGUACACCUUGAUACACAUAAUACAACCUAUAGGAAAUUAUUAUUUUUUUUUUUUUUAUUUGAAGUCUGUCCUGGGAAAUAUUGUGUCAUUCCGCGUGCACGCGCCAAACAGCGGCGCGUUCCUGUUGGACAUAUUCGCCAAUUCGGUGACGCCCAAAGAAUAUUUGACCGGAGAGCCGAUGAAGUUCAAAAGCGUGUGCAAAUUCAAAAUAAUCUGCGAAGAACUGCAAACCGUGAUGGUACCGUUGCCGGACUGCGCGAGCGGCGAGUGGGGCCCUACAAAAGCCACACGACUCUUUGGUCUCAUACCUAUAUCACAUCAGGUAUAUUACCCCUUAGUGGCUUACAUAGUGGCGCCGAAUACGCUAUAAAGGUUUUGACAGUGGUCACACCUUUUCUUGAGUUAGGUGGGUAGAGUGGUGGGUGGUAGUGUGGUACCUAUAGUGUGUACUGUGAAAUUGUGAAUAAGCAUCGUUUUUAUAAUUCGUAUGUUACUACAUUCAUCUGUGACAAAACUGCUACCAUCAACGGGUUCAUUUUUCAAACAGAAAUCCUUGAUCUUGUCAUUCACUGUGUUGAAAAGAAGAUUGUUCGAGUGGUGUGAUGGAUUUUUUUUUCAUCAUUUUAGAUUUGGAGCGUAGCGAAGAAUGUAUUGGUUUUACAAUUUUUUUUGUUUUUUUCCAAGAAGUUUUCAUAAUAAUUAGGAAAACGGAAAAAUUUACGAAACGUAUUAUUUUCAAUUUUGUUUUUUUAUUGUAUUCGGUUAUUUGUCGAAACUUGAAAUUUGUACAGACAACUUAUAUUUGCCUAGGGCAACAUUUUCGUGGUAAAAUUUUAGAGGCAUGUUAUGUUUACAAGUUUUUUACGUAAUUUUUGUUCAGUAGGUACUCUGUAAAUAAAAUUAUUAGGCUAAACAGAAAUGCUUGAUAUUUUAAUAACAGAUUAUAAUACAUUAUAAGUCAUAUUUUGUAGUAAAAUUUCCCUCUAUAUCUUACCUUCCCGACUUAUCGCCUACAGCAAUGACUCAGCCGCAAUGCGAAGUACGUCCGUCUUUCUUAAUAUUACUAAUACAUUAUAAUAUUUCAUAAAAUCUGUAGCAAUUCCAGCAUAAAAACUGAAAAUAAUGAUCUUUUAUUAUUUUUUUGUAUCAUCUUCGGUGACAAUACUAAUACAAUCACAAAAAAAAAACGAACAUUAUGGUGUAUGAACAAUUUUGAAAAUCAUUUUCUUAUGAAUUAUUUCUAAAAACUAAUAAAAAAAUUAAAUAGUUGAGUACAUCACUUUUGGCAUCAAAAAUAUUCUCCUAAACUAAUAAAAAAAAUAUCAUACUGAACGUAAUAUCAUUUUUUAACCACACAGGUUUUUUAAUUUAAUUUUAUAUUCUCCUCUUCUAUUUUUAACUAAUUAUUAUAUUGUUCACUUUAUGUUUUUCGUAAUACCUAAUUGUCGAAACUAAUAAUACAAAAUUAAAAAAAAAAAAAAAAUAGUUGAGUAAUUUGUUUACCAAUGUAUAGAAAAAUGUAAUUUAUUUAGGGAUAACUCAUAUUAAUUACUAGGUACCUACACGUAUAUAGAUUAUAGAUAGGAUAAAUAUUUAUCUAAAGUCAAAGAUUUGAUAUUGUAUUUUAGAAAAAAAUAAUAUAAUGUAAAUACCUAUAUUAUUAUAAACACCUAUAAAAAGUACAAUAAUAUAUUAGUUAAUGUUAAGUUUAAUCUAAUUUCAUACUCAAUUAUUAAAUAUGGUAUGAAUGUUUAUUUUAAAUCAAACAUUAAUAUGUCCCCGCACUAAAAAAAUAACUGAAUAGGUACCUACAGAUGAAAUUUUAAUUAAAUCUAAUUAAUUAAUUUAAAUUUAACACUAUCGAUAUUAUUCGCUAUUAUUCUGUAGUAAUCAGUACCACAUAAAUAUUUUAUAAGCGGAUGUAAUUAUGAAAUGUCGUUAUUUCAAACCUUUUAAUAGGGUAGUUCAGCAACACUGUUAAAUAUCUCCUAACGUAAGGUUUCAAAUACUAUAACGAAGACUUGAAUUUAAAUGUCCUAAAAAGUAUCGCAAAAUGUUCUAAAAAAUAGCAGAAAAUGUUUUUUAGCGGAAUACUUUUACAAAAUGUACUUGCAGUUUUAACUUUAUUAAAAAGACUGAGCAUAGGAAAUCUAAUUUGAUAAUAUAUUAUUUUAUGUGCCUGUAAAUCAAUUAGUUUAUAAUCUCUUUUUGUUUUGUUAUUAACCGUAGGACCCACUAGUGUUUUCUGGCCGUGAAUUAGAAAUUCAAUUCAGGAUGUCAAAACCUUUGACGGAUUUCAUGGCCACGUUACAUAAAAACGGUGUGGAAGAAAAACGGUUGUCGAAAUACAUAUCGCACACAAUCAUGGACGAUUUUAUAACGUUCUUAAUCGCGUUUCCGGAGGAAGGCCAAUACGGUUUGGACGUAUACACCAGAGAAAUAUCGUCUCUCAAAUCUGAUGCUGAAAACAACCAUCACCGUCACUCCAACGGCAACGUAAACGGGGAAAAACAUCUUCUCACGCAUUGUUGCAAAUACUUAAUUAACAGUUCAAAACGAAAUUAAUAUAUUUUAUAGAUACACGUGAACGCGUAAUAGAUUUUAAGCAUUAAUUAUAAACGUAUUGUUCGAUAUUGUAUAGAGUACAAAUAUUUCACGUAUUAACUUUUUAUAUGUAUGUAUGUAUAUUGUAUAUACAUAGAUAUAUCUAUAUUUUUUGUACUUGCAUCAUUUUACCUAUUUAGUUUAAUUUACCUACCUACUUUUAACGCUAGAUAAAAAGAUACCUAACACGCAAAUCUAGCCAACUAAUAAUGCUUAACAAAUAAUAAUAAAUACAUUUAUAUUUAUAAAUUUAAAAACCUAUAAUGCUUUCGUUAAUUUGUAUACACACUUCCGCAAAAUAUUGAAAGAGUAAAUUACUUGGAAAAUUUAUUUGAAUUAUCUGUGAAAAAUAAAAUUAUGAAACAAAUUAUGUUUUAGAAUCCAUAAUUUUAUUUUCUGAGAAAUUAUUUUCCAUUAUGCGUUGACAUAGAGUCAUUAUUAGUUCUUUAUAAUGGCGAAAUGGCAGAAUAAUCUCGAUCAAAACUAACAGACUGGAAGUUUUACUGGUCUAUUUCAUUAAGCUUAGCAUUACACAUUCACACUCGGUUACAAAAAUAAAAGAUAUGUGCAUAAUAUAAUACAUUAGUAUACAUUUUUCGAUUUAACUACUUCUUUUAGGUUUAAAGCUUGUGUUAUAAAUAGGGAAUUAAUUAAAUACUAUUAUAACAGUUAACAGUUAAUUAUAAACUGAUAGAAAUAAGUUUAAAAUAAAUUAUUAUAUAAGGAACUAUAAUUGUACGAUUUUAAUUAUAUUUCUGCAAGGCUUUGCCCGUGUAAUAAAAACUUUCUAAAUCAAGUUCAUAAAUAAAUUAUCAUUAUAUGCUAUUACCACAGAUACCCGCAUAAUAACCAUAUACAAUGGAAAAUUUUGAUAACAAAUAACGAAAUUUAUCAAAUACAACAUUAGGC